AUGAUCUAUUCAGGUGCACCAAACGACAGAAAAACACGAAAAGCUCAUGGUGUGGCAAUCUGUCUCGAUCCGGUUGCCACAAAGGUUUGGAAGGAUUCAGGGAGCGAAUGGAUACCAAUAAAUGAACGGAUUAUUAAAAUUCGACUCUACUGUGCGCCAAUUUACAUUACUGUAAUUGCAGUCUACUCUCCUAUUAAUCCGAAAACAAAACAAAUGAGCGAUGAAAGUGACAAAUUUUAUAAUGACCUACAAGAUGCAUUAAACGAUGUAUCUACGAAAGACAUGAUCAUCAUUAUGGGUGAUCUAAAUGCGAGAGUUGGAAAUGAUCAACAAAAACGACAUCAACACGUACUGAGAAAUGGAAUAGGGCCAUUUACAGUUGAUAUAGAAAAUGAAAAUGGAACAAAGCUUCUUGACUUCUGCGAGAUUAACAACAUUUUAAUCUCUAACACAUUUUUCAAACAUAAACUAGUGCAUCAAACAUCUUGGAUGCAUCCAAGAAAUAAAAAAUGGCACAUGAUCGAUUUUACUCUUGUAAAUAAGAAGUUUCGGUCAAGCGUUGAAGAUGUGCGAAUGCUAAGAGGGGCAGCAGGUACAAUAGGAACUGACCAUCAUCUUAUGCGUGUCAAAAUUCGAUUGCAUUUAAAAAGCAGAAGAAAAAAUGCUAAUCCGAAGAAAAUAAACGUUGAUAGUGCCAAGCUAAAAGAUGACAAAUUACUAGAAGCGUUUCAAAAGGAUCUUCAGAACACAUUUGACAAUACAAAUGUAAACACAAUUAGCAUUGAUCAGAAAUACGAACUUUUUCUGUCACAGAUAAAAGAAAAGGCCAAAUAUCAUUUUCCUGUCGACAAGAAUAAGAAUCGAAAAAGAAAGGAAUGGUUGACAAACGACAUUAUGCAAGCUAUCGAUCAAAAAUCGAUAGCUUUUAUCGAAUGGCAAAAUAAUCGUGGUUCUAAAUCAGAAUAUAAAUUUCGCAAUAGAUAUAAACGCCUGAGAAAAACUGUCAAAAUAAUGACAGAACAUCGCCAAGAAGAAUAUUGGGAUGAAAUAUGCGAAAAUAUAGAAAAGUCUAUGAAGAGUAAUGAUCCUAUGACGGCUUUUUCCAUCAUCAGACGUCUCAGAGGUGGAUGUAAAAGAGACGAAAAUAUGCCAGUGGAAGAUAAAAGUGGUAAACUCUUGGUAAAUUCAAAGGAUACCUUGAAACGUUGGCGUGAAUUUUUUCAUGAUACACUCAACGUAAAUUCAUCGAUCGAUCAAAGUCUCAUUGAUCUAAUUGACACACCGCCUCUGUCAAUAACUGAAGAGCGGCGACAAAACUCUCCAAUAUAUAUUGAAGAAGUGAGAAAAGCACUAAGUCAAAUGAAAUCUAGAAGAGCUCCAGGUAGCGAUGAGAUCACAGUGGACAUCCUAAAAGCUGGAGGUGAACCAAUAAUACAAUGGUUGUUCGAAUUCUUUACUGAUGUAUGGGAGAACGAGCAUAUGGUAAAAGAAUGGAACAUGACAACUCUAAUAAAAUUAUACAAAAAUAAAGGUGAUAGGAAAAUUUGUGACAACUAUAGAGGCAUCGCACUACUGAAUACAACUAGUAAGAUAUUCUCACGUAUUAUACUCAACCGUAUUCAAGAUUUAGUAGAUUGUCAGCUAUUAGAAAUACAAUCUGGUUUCAGAUCAAACAGAUCGACCAUAGAUCAGAUUUUCACUUUGAAAAUGACAAUGGAAAAGAGAAAAGCAUUCAAUAAACCUCUAUUCAUGUGUUUCAUUGAUAUAACUAAGGCCUAUGAUUCAGUGAACCGUGAACUCUUAUGGAAAGUAUGUCGUAGUUACGGCAUUACUGAUAAAUUGGUUAACCUAUUAAAAAUGCUAUACAAAGAUUCAAUAGCAAAAGUGAAAAUAAAUGGUGAACUGUCUGAUAGUUUCGAAAUGAAUACAGGGGUAAUGCAAGGAGGUAUUCCAUCUCCAAUCCUAUUCAACAUUCUAUUUGACUUCAUCAUAAAAGAAGUUAUUAAUGAAGCUGCUGUAUCAGGAGUGAGAUUCUCUUAUGGUAGUAACGACUUCUGUCACGGAAAACACGAAAAACACAGUGAUUUCGACAUAUUAGCAUUAUUAUAUGCUGAUGAUUUAGUUGUAAUGUGUGACAAAAUAUGUGAUCUAGAAAAAUUCAUUUGUUGUUUUGAAAAAGUAACACAGCAAUAUGGUUUGACUAUGAGUAUUAAAAAAACCUGCGUGAUGUCACUACAACACCUGAAAGAAGAUCAACAGAAAAAGGUUGUAAUAGGACAAACAAUCAACUAUGACAAUGAUAUUAAUAUAACUAUUAGAAAUCAGAAAAUUGAAAUAGCUGAAUCUUUCACAUAUUUAGGUUGCACUAUAACGAAAGAUCAGCGACAUGAUACAGAGAUUUCUAUAAGGCUAAAUAAAGCUUCUAAAGCUUUCAAUUCACUAAGACAUAUCAUAUGGCAUAGAAAAUCAGUCUCUAUAACAGCAAGACUUCGAAUUUUUAGAGCUUGCGUACUGCCAGUCUUAUUGUACGGUAGCGAGACUUGGGCUCUUACCACGACACAAGAAAAAAGGAUAACUACUUUCUAUAAUAAAUGUUUACGGACAAUCAUAGGAGUAAACUUAGGUGACAGGAUGUCAAAUGAAACCUUAUUAAACAUCACAGGUCAACCACCAAUUGAAAACAUCAUACGUAGAAAUAGAUUAAGAUGGUUUGGGCACGUCAAUCGCUCUAUUAAUCCGGAUGGUUCGCCAUCUUUAAUUAAAAAAACGAUGUUCUCUUAUUUUCAUGAUGAAAAGAGACCUAGCAACAUAGGGCGGUACAAACAAUGGGAAGAUAAAAUCCUAAAAGACAUUCACGACACACAAAUACAGAACUGGCGUAGACUAACGCUGGACAGGAAAAAAUGGCGGGAAGUAAUAAACAAAAAUGUCUAUGUAAAGCCAGUCUCUGUAAAUAUCAAAGAUAUUAUCUAUAAAUAUAGAGAUAAAUCAUCUCAAAGAAGAAAAACGGAGUUAGCCGCAUUGCACGGUUUAACAAAAUUGAAAGUAACAGAAAUUUUGGUAAAAGAAAAUGAUAAAUACAGAUGUCCUGGUUGUCAAACGAAUUUUAAGCCACAAGGUAUCACAAAUCAUGUCAAAUCAUGUGUGGCAGCAAAAGGAUGGUGCAACGCAAAUAAAAUCAAGUAA